GUAUUGAGACAUGUCGGAAAGAGUCCGGGAUGAGUGUCGAUUCCGAUUAUGUUCCCGAGUUCGGUCUGGGCAUGAGACCAAAGAUUCAGCAGCUAUACCGACCCGACGAUCGGUCGCCUUGGAACGAAUGGAUUGCAGACAAUAGUGGCACGGAUAUUGAGGCCGGCUCCUACGCCCAGGAGUGCGCUUUUAUCGUACGCCGCGAACCGCAUCCAAGCACUAACCAAGUUGCGCUACACUCCAUCACUGUCCACAGCCCUUUGAUCAAGAAGGUCCUUGACGACACAUUUGUGGGGUUUGAGAGUCUCAAUACCCAUCUCAAACAGCUAACCUUUAAGGCUCCUUUUCAUCCCUUCUACUAUCGAUGGCACCGUUUCGAGAAACUCCGGCUGGAAGAGCAGGACCAGGACACCAAGAAACACCUCGAUAUGUUAUAUUCCAUCCUCAGUGAGGAAAUCUUGCCACACAUCGAGGCCAUGAAGGACCUCACCAAGAACAACGUAAUCAGCUUCAACUACUUGUGGGCCAUCUUUGCCCCCAACAUGGAAGUUUACACCAAGCAUCUUGAUGGACAGGACCGUAUCGUAUCACUGAGGGAUAGCAGGUACGGAGCUAGUAUGAGCGGAGAGUUCUUUUCCUUGGAAUGUCGGUAUAUUGAUUGCGACGGGUCGAGCUUUGGUUACGUCUCAACAUCACUCGAAAUCGGCGCCUUUGACGGCGUGAAGAAGCUCGUCGACCUCGAUGCCAUCCCCAGCCACCUUUAUCCCGACGUUGAGCGCCUUGUCGAUCGACUCCAUGCACGCGGCGAGAAGCUCGAGCAACUCAAUGGUUUCCAUCAUAUGUCAUACUCGGGAUUUUACACCGCCAGGUCCUCCAGGCAGGUUCGACAACGCCACGUGGAAAGCAGCCGCAUCAUCAUCGACCCGCAUACAUUCAGCAUAUACGGUAUGCCUGGGCCUAAUCUUGAGUCGAUGGAGUCUGAUUCGAAUGUGGACUUGGCUGAUGACGAUUUAUUCGACGGCACCCACUGUGUGAUAUACCAGGCAACCAGCCAGGCCUUUCGCAAGUUCCAAAAGGUCUUACAAAAGUAUGAGAAGCACCGGGAAACCAGCUUGUUAGAUCGUUCCAAAUCUCUGACUCCUAAGCAACGCUUGCUCUGUACUCCCAUAAUUCGAGGUUACUGCCUUGCAUCCAAAACCUGGGCUGAGUUCUACGUUGAAAAUGUUGGCCCAAUACGCUGGAGCGAGAAUGCAUUCGCCAUGCUUGUUCUCCCUCAUGGUUACAAGGAUAUCAUCUGUGCCUUCGUUCAAGAGCAAAUGUCCCGCGACGAUGAGUUUGAUGAUGUGGUUUCCGGAAAAGGCCUGGGCUUUAUAAUGUUGCUUAGCGGAGAGCCUGGUGUUGGGAAAACCCUCACGGCGGAAUCUGUUGCCGAGGAGAUGCGCCAGCCGCUGUACUCGAUGAGUGCAGGCGAACUGGGCGAGACAGCUGCUGAGGUCGAAGAUUCCCUCGAAUUAGUUCUGGAGCUCACCACCAAGUGGAACGCCAUUUUGCUCCUCGAUGAGUGCGAUAUAUUCCUUGAGGCCCGAAUGACCAACGACAUACGGCGCAACCGUCUCAUCUCGAUCUUCCUGAAGCAGCUCGAAUAUUACCGAGGUCUAAUGUUCCUCACUUCCAACCAUAUCAGCAACUUCGACACUGCUUUUGAAUCACGCAUCCAUCUAACCAUCCACUACCCAGCCCUGGAUGCCAUGAGCAGGCUCCAUAUUUGGAAGACUUUCAUUGGGAUGGGAGACUUGGAGAGCCGACUGAGCGACAAAGACCUGGAUAUUCUAGCGAAGAACGAGAUUAAUGGAAGACAGAUAAAAAAUAUUGUUAAAACGGCUCGUUUGCUAUCGAAGCAGAAGAAGGCUCCACUGGCUUUGGAACAUAUUGAGAUGGUGCUGAAAGUCAAGGAAGGAACUUUUGACGGUGUAUGAUGUAUUGUUAGACCUUCAGGAACAAAACUUCGGAUGUAUCAGAACCCCUGACGCCCAGCCACGAUCAGCCCUCUCAAAUAGGCGGCUAAACGGCAUGCCACUCUGUACUCAAGGCCCUUAUGGCUAUUUUCGCUCUUUUCACUUUUUGUUCCAGAGCAGAGAUCCCCUUGAUUUCAAGAAUAGAUUGGCUGUUAAAUAAGUUCAAGAUGUAUACAAAUUCUACUACACCG